GCACUUGGGCUGGGCCAACACGUUUGAGUUCCAGGCCCACGAAACCCACCCAACUCGAUGGAGGACGGCGAUGGGGACGAAGGCGCCGCCAAGCGUACCAAGCUCUCCGCCGCCGCCGCCGCCGCCGCCGCCGGCGAGGACCGCCUCAGCGCACUUCCCGACGACCUGCUCGUCCAAGUCCUUCUCCGGAUAGGAGGAACCACCGCCGCGGCGAGGACCAGCGUCCUCUCCCGCCGCUGGCGCUCCCUCUGGUGCCUCCUCCCGGAGCUCGAUUUCGUCCCCGAAGCCGACGGCGGCAGCAUCCGCGCCGCCCUCGCUGCCCAUGAACCGCCUUCCCUACGCCACCUCCUCGUCGCCGCCCAGGACGCCGCCCCUCACGGCAUGGCGGAAUGGCUCCCCGUCGCGGCGCGCCGCCUCGCCGGGGAUCUGUUGCUGUUCAACAUGGCGCCGAAGAGAGAUGCCAAGGACGACGACGACGAGGAGGGGAAGGAUGGCUCCCCAUUUCUUGAGCUCCCCUGCUUCGGCAGCGCCACCAAGCUCUCUCUCGACCUAGGGUUCCUUCCCCUCGCCGUGCCGGUCUCCGGCGUGUUCGCCCGGCUCACCGACCUCUCACUGGACAGCGUCCGGUUCCACGGCCCGUGCGAGUUCGGUGACGCCGCCUCGUCGCGGCGGUUCCCAUCCUUGAAGAAUCUCAACAUCCGGAACACCCAGGGUUUGAGCAAUUUCAUCAUCCACUCGGAUUCUCUCCUGCAGCUGGACCUGAGGAGUGUGAGAGGAUUGAAGCAGCUCAAUGUCGUGGCGCCUGCACUGCAAGUGUUAAGCGUGUUCUUCUGCUUUGCUGAUACUCAGGCUAGGAGUCAACCGGUCGCCGACAUCGCAGCCCCGCAGCUGGAGACUCUCCAGUGGGAAGAUGCUUUUGAUCCAAGCUCCGUCGAAUUUGGCGAGAUGGCGAGUCUCCGAUGUCUGGGAACCUACUUUUUUCUUGUAUAUGGACUAGAAGACUUUAAGAACAACCGCGAUUGCUUGAGGCUCUUGAAGCGCUUUCGGCGUGAUGCCAUCUCCAGACUUACCCUCACGCUUGCCUUUCUGCCGAAGGACCUCUGUGACUUUGAAUACUUAAUGGAAAAUAUGACAAUGCUCCCUGACAUUGUGUCCCUUAACCUCAACGUAUUGGCAAAUGGACAUGCCAUUGGCCCCAGCUUAUUCCAUGUUCUCAGGAUGUGCACAAGUGUAAGAAGGUUGAAGCUAGUAACACAUAUUUCUCUUGACCUCGAGGCACAAGCUGUUUGUUCAUCAGAUUGCGUUUGUGAUCUUCCACCAAACUGGAAAACUGAGGAACUUUUGUUGAAAUUCCUUCAUGAAGUAGAAAUCAAUAAUUUGAGGGGAACUGGACAUGAAAUUGCCCUUGUGAAGUGGCUAUUCAGUUGGGCAGUAGUGUUGAAAGACAUGACGAUAAAUUUCUAUCAUUCAGUCCCUGAGAGCACGGCGAAAGAGGUGUGCCAGAUGUUACUUAAUUUCUCUAGGCCUGAAAUAUGCAUGAAAAUUUAUUUUUACCACAGAUGGCGUAAGGUUUUGUAUGUUCCAGAGGACUAAUGCGCCGCACCAGACUUGACGCUUGACUAUUAGACUCAUUUUGCUUUCUAGUUUUGUACUUGGUUUGAACUGCGUUGCAUGUAAACAUCAAAAUGCUCUCAGAUAUUAGACAAAAUGCAGGUCAGCCAUCUAUCUUACAAGAACAUGUGAGCCGUGCAAAUUCAUGUAGUGUAACUGCUGCACAAAAUUGGUUAGAACUUAAAGUUAAUGGCUGCAAAACUUUGGCAUAUCUUCCAUCACAUGAGUGUUAGAGCAGGCAGGGCUCAUAUGUGAUGCAGUAAUGUUUCAUUCCAUCAUUUAAUUUUGAGCAGCUGAUAGAAAGUUAGAACAUGGAGGAUGUGCAGGAUUUAUCUCGUUAUCUUUGUAUGUUUCAAUUGUGUAAGGUACAAGUUAACAGAGAUGGAAGUCACGCUUCCUUGGCA